ACGUUGUGCGCCAGGCUUUAGUCCACACUCGUGUCUGCUCUCCUCGAUUCGUUUGAUGUGUUAACAUGACGGAUAUUGCAUGAAAAUUACGUGUCAGGUUUUCACGAUAUUUGCAUCAUCAUUGUCGAUAAAUGAGUACGACGGAAAACGAAGCGAUGGAGGAAUACGAACCCUCCAUCAAAAAUGUAAUCGACCAACUUUCCUUACGAUGGAUCUUCGUGGGCGGCAAAGGCGGAGUCGGGAAAACAACUUGCAGUUGUUCUUUGGCAGUACAGCUGUCUAAAGUUAGAGAGAGUGUCCUUAUCAUAUCCACGGAUCCAGCGCAUAAUAUCUCUGAUGCAUUUGAUCAGAAGUUUAGUAAGAUACCCACAAAGGUGAAAGGUUUUGAUAAUUUAUUUGCAAUGGAGAUUGAUCCUAAUGUUGGUGUUACGGAAUUGCCAGAGGAAUAUUUUGACAGUGAUGCAGUUUCAGGAGGAGAAGCAAUGCGAUUAGGCAAAAGUGUCAUGCAAGAAAUUGUUGGUGCAUUUCCUGGUAUAGAUGAAGCUAUGAGCUAUGCGGAAGUUAUGAAGCUUGUAAAAGGAAUGAACUUUUCUGUUGUGGUAUUUGAUACUGCACCCACCGGACAUACUUUAAGGUUACUAUCGUUUCCACAAGUUGUUGAAAAAGGAUUGGGAAAAUUAAUGCGUUUGAAAAUGAAGAUUAGUCCUCUCAUCACACAGAUAAGUUCAUUAUUGGGAUUGACAGAUUUCAAUGUGGAUAUAUUUUCUAAUAAAAUGGAGGAAAUGCUCGCUGUGAUUCGGCAAGUUAAUGAACAGUUCAAAAAUCCCGAUCAGACGACUUUUAUAUGUGUUUGCAUAGCAGAAUUUCUGUCGCUCUAUGAAACAGAACGACUUGUACAAGAAUUAACAAAAUAUGGUAUUGAUACUCAUAAUAUCAUAGUGAAUCAAUUAUUAUUCUUGAAAGAAGGAGAUAGUCCAUGCCGGUUUUGUCUCGCGAGGCAUAAGAUUCAGGAAAAGUAUCUAGAUCAGAUAAUGGAUCUGUAUGAAGAGUUUAACGUUACACGGCUUCCUUUAUUGGAGAGGGAAGUGCGCGGAGUACAGCAGGUCAGGGAAUUUUCAGAAAAUCUUAUCAAACCUUAUAAGCCUUAGCAUCUACAUAAUUAAUGUGUAAUAACAAUACAUUGCAUCUAAUUUGAAAUUUUGUACACUUGCGAUCAUGCGUGUUGGAAAUAUUUGUAUAAAGAAUCGUAUACCUUCAUCAUAUUUCUCUAUUAAGCUAUUUGUUAUUGCACGUGUUAACAAAUUCAGUGUUGCAUUUGCGCGCACUAUAUUUGCAAUAUUUUUGCAAUAUUUGCAACAUUUAAUUUGUGUACAAAA